AUGGCAACACAAGACAGUAAGAAGGUAUUCGGGUGGGGAUGUUCUGUCCCCAUCGACCCUACCAGUGAAAUGCCGACAACGGCCACCAUAACCCACUGCAGCACCUGCGAGUGUCCCGGGCCCGAUGAGAGCGGCGUACUGAUGGUCAUCAUCGAGAAAGCAUGCGAGCUCCACGAAUCCAACGUCGUAAAGUACAUGAUCCCAGUGGUCAACGGCAUGGCAAGGGAAGCCGCCAUGAAGCUUGGUCUCAGCUUACACCAGGGCAUUGACCACAUGCCCAUGUACAGAGAUAAGGUCAAGUGGGUAGACGGGCUUUGUGUUGAGGUUCUGGGGAGGGGUUUUACAUCUGAUGAGUUUGAUGAGCUGUUCAAACUACCACGGGGACAGAAGUUAUGCUCGUGGGUUCUCUAG